GUGGGGGGAGCGGGGCGGGGAGAUGGAUAAACUGACCAUCAUCUCAGGAUGUCUCUUUCUCGCCGCCGAUAUCUUCGCCAUCGCCAGCAUCGCCAACCCCGACUGGAUCAACACCGGGGAGUCCGCGGGAGCACUCACUGUGGGCCUUGUGCGACAGUGUCAGACAAUCCACGGACGAGACCGGACGUGCAUCCCACCUCGGCUUCCCCCAGAGUGGGUCACCACACUGUUUUUUAUCAUCAUGGGGAUCAUUUCAUUGACUGUCACAUGUGGUUUGCUGGUGGCUUCCCACUGGCGAAGAGAAGCUACGAAAUAUGCUCGAUGGAUAGCAUUUACUGGAAUGAUCCUUUUCUGUAUGGCUGCCCUAAUAUUUCCAAUAGGAUUUUACAUCAAUGAAGUCGGAGGUCAACCUUAUAAAUUACCCAACAACACAGUAGUUGGGUCGUCAUAUGUACUUUUUGUCUUAUCCAUUUUCUUUACAAUAGUAGGACUUCUAUUUGCUGGCAAAGUUUGUUUACCAGGCUGAUGAAUGUCUAAAUUGCUUGACUUUUUUAUUAUUUUUUAUUUUGUUUCUAUUUUUAUUUUUGGAGGGCAGGGAGGACAAAGGCAAGGCAUCUGAGUAUUCCUCUCCUAGGAAGACGCUCAGAUGAAACUGAUGCUGAAAAGAAACAAAAAUGCUUUGGUUUGUUCUCACUAUGCACUUUGGAUUAAAAAAAUAAUGAGAGCCUUUUUCAUAACCAAAUACAGACAAUUUGACUAAAUCUCCUGAGCAUAUUCAGGCAGUCAGGUCUGCACUGUGAUAGCACCUAGUGAAGGAGAAUGCUUUGUACUGAAAAGCAUGUGGCCCUUUGUGACUCUGUUGUUCCGUUUUUUAACGUCUAAUGAUUCAUUGGCGG